GGAAGCAGAACUGAACGCCGAACGGCGAACACGUCCGAAACCUCAAACUUCUGAAGAAAACCAAGUUUCGCGGGCUAAAUGUAAAAGCAAAAAUCUGGGUGGAUCAACACCGCUUCCAGUAUUUCGAAAAAUGUUUUCAAUCUCUGCUAUCAAUGAUACGGACUCCAGAAAUCAGUGGGAGCCCUUAGCUCCCACUAAAGAGGCUCAGGAAUUCCAUCUAACGCAAACUUACCAUGACGGGCUUCUUAAGCUACAAGCAAAAGAAUAUGAAAAGGCUCGUGAAUUGUUAGAAUCCGUUCUCAAAGAUCAGUUGAUAGCAUCUGCACAGGUUGAUGGUGAAGCUGGUGAUAAUCAUCUACUGCAGCUCAGAUUCUUAGCACUUAAGAAUCUUGCCACUGUAUUUCUACAACAGGGAUCUGCACAUUAUGAGGGUGCUCUGCGUUGUUAUCUUCAAGCUGUGGAAAUUGAUACUAAAGAUUCUGUUGUUUGGAAUCAGCUGGGAACUUUAUCUUGCUCUAUGGGCUUACUUAGUAUUUCACGUUGGGCAUUUGAGCAAGGACUUGUAUGCAGUCCUAAUAAUUGGAAUUGCAUGGAGAAGCUACUGGAAGUUCUAAUUGCCAUACGUGAUGAGGUUGCCUGUCUUUCUGUAGCAGAACUGAUUUUGAGGCACUGGCCAUCACAUUCUCGUGCUUUGCAUGUCAAAUGUACAAUUGAAGAGGUGGAGUCUGUUCCAUAUGCACCCAAAGGUAUUGAUAAGCUAGAACCAAAACAUGUCCGGCUCAAAUUCAUUGAUAAGAGGAAGGCUAGUAAAGAGGAUCUUAAUGAAGAUGUCAAAAUUAAAAGGUCAAAUCAGAAUAUAGAUUUCCAUCUAGCAGAAGUUUCCUGGGUAGGCCUUGUUGAUGCACUUCUAGAUAUCUUACAUCCAUUGAGCGGCUGUGGGUCUGAGAUGGAGGUUGAAAAAGUGCUUAGAUCUGGUGAUGUUAGAUUAAAAAUAUGCAUACCUCCCAGUUCAGAUCGUAGUUGUGCAUCUAUGGAGAGGAAAGAGAUUACUUAUACCUCCACUUGUGAAAAUGCCUCUCUUGCAGAUUCUAACACUGAAAGUUCAUCUUCUUUUAAAGAAAAAGAGGCAAGUGGUUUGGACGAACAUCCACAGGAGAGACGUAGUACACGUCUUGAAAGGCUAAGAAGUCGUAAGCCCGGAAAGGAAGAAUUAGAUUAUUCAACAGGCAAGGAUCUUGCCAGGGUUGUAACUCAGUAUCUUGAACCCUUUAUUUCCAGUGGAUCAGGAACCAAAGAUACUAACCAUGAUACCAGGAAUUCUGCUUCCUAUCCUGAUCGGGAGAAUACAUGGGAUUCGGACUGCAAUGAUGUUCACACUUUUUUGGUAGAAACUUCAUGUAAUUAUGGUGCUUACCAUGUGAGUCAUUUGCUUUUAGAAAAGCUUUCAAGCACAUAUCCUUCAUACCAGGAUACGUUUGUCAAAUUUCUGGACUUGGAAAAGUUAACAAGACGUUGGGGAAAGGACAGGUCUCUUGAAUGCAAUCUUUUCCUUGCUGAGCUCUAUUUUGACUUCGGGUCAUCCUCUUCUGACACUUCCAAGCAAACUGAAUUCAUGUCAGAGGCUUCAUAUCAUCUUUGCAAGAUCAUUGAAUUAGUAGCCCUGGAAUAUCCCUUGAAUUUGAGUUCUGUACCAAAGGGUGAUAAUUGCUCUAGCAGUCUUCAAGGUGCCAGCAGCAUAUCAUCUGGAAACUCUACUAACCAGCAUUUAUUUGUUGAAAAUUCACUUUUAACAAGUAACAAAACCUUCUGGGUAAGAUUCUUCUGGCUAAGUGGGCAAUUAUCGUUGCGGGAUGGAAACAAGGUAAAAGCCUGUGAAGAGUUCUGCAUCUCUUUAUCUCUUCUGGAUAAGAAGAAUGACGUGGAUGAUUCUCUCUCAUUGGUCUGCCUCCCUCACUGUCGGGUCUUGAAAAGGUUAACCUUGGAUAGAAUACUUUAUGAAAUUAAUGUUUUAAAGCUUGACCUCUUGAUGGAGAAUGCUGUACCUGAAAUGUUUGAGAAAGAAAUGUAUGUGGAGUGCAUCCCUUUACUCUCUCCACUUCUAUUUGGUGUACAGGAAGUCGACCUUGAUGCUUUAUCCUUACAAUUUUCGGGAAGAAAAGAUGCAGGGAUUACUUCGGUAGAACUUGCAGCGAUUGAUGUUUUAAUCAAAUCAUGUGAGAAGGCAAAUCAUUUGGAUAUCAAGAUAUAUUUGAAUUCUCACCAUCGGAAGCUACAAAUACUCAUGGCAGCUGCUGGAAUGCAUGAAUACUUUACAUCCUGUAAAUCUUUUGUUCAGAAGUCAGAGGCAAAAGCACUUUCUGAUGUAGAACCGAAGGAUAGUCCAAGCAGUCACUGGAACCAUCUAGUUGCAGAAGAAGUAAAAGCAAUAUCUCAAUGUAUAUCACAGAUAAAGAAUUCCGUCGAACAUUCUGGAGACUCUAAUGACAUUCAGACGAGGAGCAUUUGUGAUAUGCAGUUCUUGCUUUUAUCGGUUAUAUGUAAUGUUAUAAACAUAUUCCUCAGCAAGAAGUCUUCUGGGGCAGCAAUUCCUGAUCAAGUUGAAAGAUGCUGCCUUGUAGAUGCAGCCAUUGCGUUCUGUAAACUCCAACAUCUUGAUCUUUCCGUGCCUGUCAAGUCCCACGUCGAGUUAAUUGUUGCAACACAUGACCUACUUGCAGAGUACGGUCUCUGCUGUUGGGGUGAGGGUGAAGGGGAGGAAGGAAAGUUUCUUAAAUUUUCCAUAAAGCAUCUCUUAGCUUUGGAUAUGAAACUUAAACUGAACAGCUCGGUAAAUGGGAAAAUAAUUGAAUGUGAUGACAUAGAAUUGCAGAAUUGUCACGUAAAGACAUCACCAGACAGAUCAAAAUUAAAUGCACAAGAUUUUGGGUCAAGUCAGAAUGAUGAAACCAAAUCCAUGGUGAAGGAUGCUAUGGAGGGUAUAACACAGGAAGGCUUGUCAACUCAUAAUUCGAUUUUGGAAGAUGCUACAGAAGGAGAAUUUAUUAAGCAAGGAAGUGAGGAGUCUGUUGGCAAGUUCAAUGCUGGUGAAAAUAAUAGCGACCAACUUGUAGAAUGUGAGGAUGAGCAAAAUGAAGAUGAAAGGGAGGAGCUAGAAUUAAAAAUCGACAAUGCCUUGGAUCAGUGCUUUUUCUGCUUGUACGGGUUAAAUCUCAGAUCUGACUCAUCCUAUGACGAUGAUCUAUCUCUACAUAAAAACACUAGCCGUGGGGAUUAUCAGACCAAGGAACAGUGUGCUGAUGUUUUCCAGUACAUACUCCCUUAUGCGAAGGCUUCAUCUAGAACUGGACUGGUCAAGCUGCGAAGAGUUCUAAGAACCAUUCGCAAACACUUCUUAAAACCACCAGAGGAUGUAUUGACUGGAAAUGUGAUAGACAAGUUCCUAGAUGAUCCCAAUUUAUGUGAAGAGAAACUCUCUGACGAAGCUGGUUCAGAUGAGUUUCUUGUAACAAUGACGAAGAUAUUACUUAAUGAUGUAGGAAGCAUUAAACAGUAUAGAACAUCAGUUUUGGGAAGUUCUGAACCAUAUUUGGAAGUUUACAGCAACUUGUAUUAUUUCCUUGCUCAAUCCGAAGAAAUGAGUGCAACUGACAAAUGGCCAGGUUUUGUGCUCACCAAGGAAGGGGAGGAAUUUGUACAACAUAAUGCAAACCUCUUUAAAUACGAUCUAUUAUAUAAUCCUCUGCGAUUUGAGAGCUGGCAAAGACUUGCACAUAUUUAUGAUGAGGAGGUAGAUCUGUUGCUCAAUGAUGGCAGUAAGCACAUAAACGUUGGAGGAUGGAGGAAAAAUGAUACUUUACCCCAUAGAGUGGAGAUAAGCCGAAGGAGGAGCAGGCGUUGUCUACUAAUGAGUUUAGCUUUAGCAAAGUCAGCACCUCAGCAGCGUGAGAUACAUGAACUACUGGCACUUGUGUACUACGACAGCCUUCAAAAUGUGGUUCCAUUUUAUGAUCAACGGUCUGUGGUGCCACCGAAGGAUGAAGCAUGGCUCAGAUUUUGUGAGAACUCAUUGAAACAUUUCAACAAAGCUUUGGCACAUCAGGUUGACUGGUCUCAUGCAUUCUAUAUGGGCAAACUUAGUGAAAAGCUCGGGCUUUCACAUGAUAAAGCACUAUCAUAUUAUGCUAAAGCUAUUGCCUUAAAUCCAUCAGCUGUCGAUUCUAUUUACAGGAUGCACGCAUCACGCUUAAAGUUUCUUGGUAAAUGUGGAAAACGAGAUCUGCAGGCUUUGAAGGAUCUUUCAACUUAUGCCUUUAGUCAGUCAACUAAAGAUGCUGUGAUGGAAAUAUCAAGUAAGUUCGGUCCCAAGACUUCAGAUUUACUUCCAGGCAUGGAUGACAGUGAAUCAUAUUUUGAGGAUUUAAAGCAUGACAAAUUCCUCAAAGUGGAAGAAGCGUGGCACAUGCUCUAUAAUGAUUGUCUUUCUGGUCUUGAAACUUGUGUUGAAGGAGAUCUUAAACAUUAUCAUAAAGCCAGAUAUACACUUGCUCAAGGUCUUUAUAGAAGGGGUGAGAGCGGUGAUGUGGACAGAGCAAAGGAUGAGCUCUCGUUUUGUUUUAGAUCAUCUCGCUCAUCCUUUACCAUAAAUAUGUGGGAGAUUGACAGCACGGUCAAAAAGGGAAGGCGCAAAACACCUGGUCUUUCUGGGAAUAGGAAAGCACUUGAAGUUAAUUUACCAGAAAGUUCUCGGAAGUUUAUUACUUGUAUUAGGAAGUACUUGUUGUUUUAUUUGAAACUGCUGGAGGAGACUGGAGAUAUCUGUACCCUUGAGCGUGCUUAUAUAUCACUUCGAGCAGAUAAAAGGUUCUCAUUGUGCAUUGAAGAUCUUGUUCCAGUUGCUCUAGGGAGGUAUGUCAAGGUUUUGAUUACAUCCAUUCGUCAAGUUGGGAUUACGAGCUCUGGUGAUGCAAGCGGUUAUGAACAUAUACUAGAGAAAAUGUUUGCUCUGUUCAUGGAGCAGGGAAACGUCUGGCCAGAACUGUGCAGUUUGCCUGAAAUAAAAGGCCCCGGAAUAUCAGAAAGCAAUUUGUUUGGGUAUCUUCAUGAUCAUAUCAUUACAUUGGAGAGAAAUGUCAAGGUUGAGAAUCUUGAAGCAAUGAAUGAGAAGAUUCGCAAACGUUUUAAGAAUCCAAAGUUGUCCAAUAUUAACAUUGCAAAAGUUUGCAGGCAUGCUUCUACUGCAUGGUGUAGAUCCCUUAUAAUUAGCUUGGCACUGAUCACUCCCGUGCCUUCUGAAUCCUCGACUGAAAUUCAAACGUCAUGUUCCUUACCUUGUGGUCUAGAAAGUAACCAGCUUCUUUGUGUGGAUUUGCAAAUUAACGAAUUAUGGAGUUCAACAUUUGAGGACUCAACACAUCUGAGAAGUCUUGAACCAAAAUGGUGCCCGAUUUUGUCCAAAAUGAAUAACGUAUUUGUUAAAAGAGCUGCAGAAGUAAACUGGGAAACUGCUAACUCUUUGCUCCGAUCUUCGUACAAUUUUUUUCGUGAGAGCUCCUGCGUUUUACUUCCAUCUGGCUUGAACCUGUAUCUAGUUCCACAUCGAUUAGCAAUAGGAGUAAACUUCCAACAUCGCAUGGAUGGUGUUGAAAUCCUAGAUUUCAGCAUGCCAAGGAAGCUUCUCUUGUGGGCGUACACCUUAGUGCAUGGUCAUUUUGCUAAUAUUUCAGCUGUUGUGAAGCAUUGUGAAGAGCAUCUCAAGUCAAAGUUAAAAAAGGGAGCUGGAAAUCCCGCCACACAAACUCACUCGAACUUGCCUGCAGUGAUAUCUUCGCCAACAGUUCUAGGAAUCGGAAAAGACGGUUCAAACUACAGUGGGGAGACUGAUGCAGAAACAUCUCCAGUCACCCCUGUUACAUCUGCUUCAUUGCCGGGGAGUAGUCAGAGCACAGGAAGUACAAUUCCCCUUCUUUCUAGUGGCGACACUCGCAGGAGUUCAUUUCAUGGUCCCCAACUUCAUCAAUGUAAUAAUGUAAAUGCAGAGAGGAUAGGUAAUGGAGGAGAUUCAGACAAAGGAUGAUAAUCCAGGCGCCUGCUCCUUACGAAGCUUACUUUUAUAUCCUGUAAUUUAUUGAAAACUUGCAAAGAAUAGGUUGUAAAUAUCCAUUUCAAUUCCCAAAUAUACACAUUUUUUAGGCAUAUAGUUCAUAACCCACCCAAAGGACCCGGCGAACAGGUCACCUGCUUGAGUUGAAAUGAUGAUCAAAAUUUUCAUAUCUGAAUUGUAAAUGGCAAGUGUGUGAGCGAGAGUGGUAAACUAUGAAGCAAUUGCAGUCCCUUAAACCCUAGAUUUCUAGCGAGUAAAAGAGACUAGUUUUGGGAAGUUUGAAAUUGCAAACUUAUGUGAAUUCAUAAGAGUAAAAAGGAUUGUUUAUUGAAC